ACCCCAUCCCCCCAAAAGCCAAAUAGAAAUACAACUUCUCUUUUUCUGUUCCUCAAAUUAGCCUGCUGUGCUAUAAAAGUCUGUGAAACCCCAAGUCCUGUCUCUUUUGUCAGAGCAACAUCUUAGAAUGUCUCCCCACAUUCUGGCACCGGUGGUUGUCUGGGCCCUGUUUGUCAGUGCCACGUCAGAGCCACACACCUUCCAGCACAGGGACCCUAGCGGAACGGUGCUAACUUGCAAACGAUGCCCAGCGGGCUCCUACAUGAAGGCUCCGUGCACCGGCAACAGGGACACCGUCUGUGACCCAUGCCCUGACAAUCACUUCACCCAGUUCCACAACUACCUGCCCAAGUGUCUGUACUGCUCCACGUUCUGCACUGAGCACCAGGUGGUGAAGCAGGAGUGCACACGCUUCAACGACCGGGUGUGCGAGUGCAAGGAUGGCUAUCACAAGCGUGCUGACUUCUGUGUGAGGCACAGGGAAUGUCCCCCUGGCGAGGGCGUCAAGUUGAGAGGUAGUGCCAUGCAAAACACAGUGUGUGACAUCUGUGAGCUCGGCAUGUUCUCUUCAGAGAGAUCCCCCACUGCAGCCUGUGUCAAUCACACCAACUGUGCAGCGCGUGGACUUAGAGAAGCCUUAAAAGGCUCUGAAUGGCAUGACAACAUUUGCAUGUCAUGUCAAGAGCAGUUGGCCCAAGGCCCCCUGGCUCCACUCAGGCAAAUCCUCUCGGCCUUCUUCAGCCACGAGAAGCUGCGCUUUGUGAAGAUGAGGAAGCUGGCCAGGGCCCACAUGGGCCUGAGAAUGGAGACCAAGAGGUCUGCUGGCGAAGGACGGUCCUCGGAGCGCUCCGGGCUGCUGGCGGCCAUCGACAAGUGGGCCAAGGAGCAGUCGGAGACCAGGCUCAGGCAUCUGGCCAGCACCCUGAGAGGAGAGAUAUACCACGUGGGCCGCGAGCUGGAGAGGAAGAUCAGUGAGAUAGACGAGCAGAUGAAGGACUGUGAGCUUGACAACAAAAUCGCCGCACAGACCCAGCAUCAAGGCAUACACACGAAAGACCAAGGGAAAAGUGACUGUAAUUAACAUUUUUUGUAAGAGAACAAAAUUAUGUGAUAGUUACAGUAUACCUCAACAAUUGCACAGAUUUCUCCAUUUUUAUUCAAAAUAAAUGUAUUUUUUACAACAAAAACUCUUGAACA